UCCUAUCUUCCGCUCUCUAUUUAUUAUCGUACUCCGGCCAUGCACCUCUUCCUCCUCCUCUUCCUUUCCUUCUUCCUUCUUCGACUCCUCUUCGUCCAAUGGCGUCGCUCCCGCCACAAACGCUUGCCCCCCGGUUCCGUUGGUUGGCCCUAUAUAGGCGAGACCCUCAAGCUCUACACGGAGAACCCGAACUACUUCUUCUCCAACCGUCAAAAACGGUACGGUGACAUAUUCAAGACACAUAUAUUGGGAUGUCCAUGCGUGAUGAUAUCAAGCCCCGAGGCGGCCAGGACUGUGCUCGUCACUCAUGCGCACCUGUUUAAGCCCACCUUCCCCCCAAGCAAAGAGAAAUUGAUCGGCCCCGAGGCCGUCUUCUUUCAGCAGGGUGCUUACCACUCCAUGCUCAAGAAGCUGGUUCAGGCCUCUUUUUUACCCUCUGCUCUUAAGAACUCUGUCUCUGAGAUUGAGCACAUCGUUCUCAGAUUGCUCCCCUCUUGGAACCACGCCACCAUCAACACCCUCCAAGAAAUGAAAAGGUAUGCUUUCGAGGUGGCGGUUAUCUCGGCCUUCGGCGAAACCAAGGAAGUCGAGAUGGCAGAAAUCAAAGACUUGUAUCGGUGCUUGGAGAAAGGCUACAAUUCCUUGCCUUGGGAUCUUCCUGGAACUUCCUACAGAAAGGCAAUGAAGGCCAGGGAGCUUCUGAAUGAGACCAUAAGGACGCUGAUACGUAGGAGAACGGAAAGUGAGAAGCAUGAACGAGGGUUAUUGGGAAUUCUAUUGCGAGCGAGGAAUCAAAAGAUGUAUCAACUCACUGAUUCUCAGAUAGCUGAUAAUCUCAUAGGCGUCAUAUUUGCUGCCCACGAUACCACUGCUAGUGCCAUAACAUGGGUUCUCAAGUAUCUGCACGAUAAUGUCCAUCUUCUAGAAUCCGUGACGAAAGAACAGGAAGAGAUUAGAAGCAAACUUGUUGAGGAAAAUCGGGGCCUUACGUGGGAUGAUACCAGGCGCAUGCCAUUCACCAGCCGGGUAAUUCAAGAAACGCUGAGAAGUGCAAGCAUACUGUCAUUCACAUUCAGAGAAGCGGUGAGAGAUGUUGAGCUGGAAGGGUAUUCAAUUCCUAAGGGUUGGAAGGUGCUUCCCCUCUUCAGAAGCAUUCAUCACUCUGCUGAUUUCUUCCCUCAACCCGACAAAUUCGACCCUUCCAGAUUUGAGGUGGCAAGUCGUGGGAAAUGAAGAUGGUAUUCAGUAUGGUCCUUUUCCUGUGCCUAAACAUGGAUUACCAGUAAGGA